AGAAUGGAAACUUCUAGAAACUGAAUGGUGUGUCCGUUUUCAGACCAUUGAGAUUUGAGAGGAUAAUACAGAAAAAGAGAUAAAGACAGAAGCUUGAGAGAAAAAUUGCAGCAUACAUGGACACUGAAACGAAAAGGUAUGCGAUCGUAACAGGUGCGAACAAAGGAAUUGGAUUGGAAAUAUGCAGACAGUUGAUUUCCAAUGGCAUAACUGUGAUUCUGACUGCUAGAGAUGAGAAAAGAGGAAUCGAAGCUGUUGAGAAUCUGCUUAAAGAGAGUAUUGGAGGAGAUGAACUCGUCAUCUUCCAUCAGCUUGAUGUUGCAGAUCCGUCUACUAUUCCUAUCCUUGUUGAUUUCGUCAGAUCUAAGUUCGGAAAGCUUGAUAUAUUGGUGAACAAUGCUGGGAUAGGAGGAUCAUCAAUUGAUGCUGAUGCAAUGAAAGCUGCUGCUGCUUUGCCUGGAGGAAUUCUAGCCAAUUCUAGGAAAGCAAUGAUUCAGACUUAUGAAUUGGCUGAAGAAUGCAUUCAGAUAAAUUACUAUGGUGCAAAAAGGAUGAUUGAAGCAUUUAUUCCACUCCUCCAGCUUUCUGAUUCACCAAGGAUUGUUAAUGUCUCUUCUUCCAUGGGAAAACUGAAGAACAUACCCAACGAAAGGGCUAAAGAAGUGCUAAAUGAUAUGGAGAGCUUAACAAAUGAAAGAAUAGACGAUGUGUUAAAUGAAUUCCUAAAAGAUUUUAAAGAGGAAAAGUUGGAAGAUAAGGGAUGGCCUGAUUUUUUGGGUGCCUAUAUCUUGUCAAAAGCCGCCAUGAAUGCUUACACAAGGCUUGUAGCCAAGAAGUUUCCGAACAUUCUUGUGAAUUGCGUUUGCCCUGGUUUUGUGAAGACCGACAUGAACUAUAACAUGGGGGUAUUGUCUGUGGAAGAAGGUGCUGCGAGUCCGGUUAGACUGGCUUUGUUGCCUAAAGAUGGGCCUUCUGGGACUUACUUUGUGAGGAGUGAAAUCUCUUCUUUUGUUGAGUAAAAUGGAAUCAUUAUGAACAUUCCCUGAUUUUGUGGGCAUGUCUAUGAUUUGUGAUUGAAUUAUUGUCAAUUUACCAAUAAUUUCUUUGGUUGGAAUAUACUAUUUCAAGUCAUAAUUUAUGUGUAUUAUAAAUUUAUGUAAUAUAUAUAUAUAUAUAUA